GAGAGCGAGAGGAGAGCGAGAUACAGAGAAACCGAGGGGGAGAGAACCCGAGUGUGUGUAUGCGUGUGCGUGUGUGAGCGCGAGCGAGCUUGCGAGGGAGAGGAGCGAGAGAGUGCGAGCGAGAAAGAAUAAAAGGAAAGAAGAUUUUCUCUAUGUAUAUAAAGAUGGCCACGUUAGCAAACGGACAGGCUGACAACGCGAGCCUCAGUACCAACGGGCUCGGUAGCAGCCCGGGCAGCGCUGGGCACAUGAACGGAUUAAGCCACAGCCCGGGGAACCCGUCGACCAUUCCCAUGAAGGACCACGAUGCCAUCAAGCUGUUCAUUGGGCAGAUCCCCCGCAACCUGGAUGAGAAGGACCUCAAGCCCCUCUUCGAGGAGUUCGGCAAGAUCUACGAGCUUACGGUUCUGAAGGACAGGUUCACAGGCAUGCACAAAGGCUGCGCUUUCCUCACCUACUGCGAGCGUGAGUCAGCGCUGAAGGCCCAGAGCGCGCUGCACGAGCAGAAGACGCUGCCCGGGAUGAACCGGCCGAUCCAGGUGAAGCCUGCGGACAGCGAGAGCCGAGGAGGUAGUAGCUGCCUGCGCCAGCCCCCUUCACAAGAUAGAAAACUCUUCGUGGGCAUGCUCAACAAGCAGCAGUCUGAGGACGACGUGCGCCGCCUCUUCGAGGCCUUCGGGAACAUAGAGGAGUGCACCAUCCUGCGCGGGCCGGACGGCAACAGCAAGGGGUGCGCCUUUGUGAAGUACUCCUCCCAUGCCGAGGCGCAAGCCGCCAUCAACGCGCUGCACGGCAGCCAGACCAUGCCGGGAGCCUCAUCCAGUCUGGUGGUCAAGUUUGCCGACACCGACAAGGAGCGCACGAUGCGGCGAAUGCAGCAGAUGGCUGGCCAGAUGGGCAUGUUCAACCCCAUGGCCAUCCCGUUCGGGGCCUAUGGCGCCUACGCACAAGCACUGAUGCAGCAGCAAGCGGCACUAAUGGCAUCAGUCGCGCAGGGUGGCUACCUGAACCCCAUGGCUGCCUUCGCCGCCGCCCAGAUGCAGCAGAUGGCGGCCCUCAACAUGAAUGGCUUGGCGGCCGCGCCCAUGACCCCAACCUCAGGUGGCAGCACCCCUCCGGGCAUCACUGCACCAGCUGUGCCUAGCAUCCCAUCCCCCAUUGGGGUGAAUGGCUUCACUGGCCUCCCCCCACAGGCCAAUGGGCAACCUGCUGCGGAAGCUGUGUUUGCCAAUGGCAUCCAUCCCUACCCAGCGCAGAGCCCCACCGCCGCGGACCCCCUGCAGCAGGCCUACGCUGGAGUGCAGCAGUAUGCAGGUCCAGCCGCCUACCCUGCUGCCUAUGGUCAGAUAAGCCAGGCCUUUCCUCAGCCACCUCCAAUGAUCCCACAGCAACAGAGAGAAGGGCCCGAGGGCUGUAACCUGUUCAUCUACCAUCUGCCCCAGGAGUUUGGGGACGCUGAGCUGAUGCAGAUGUUCCUCCCUUUCGGUAAUGUCAUCUCCUCGAAAGUGUUUGUGGAUCGGGCGACUAACCAAAGUAAAUGCUUUGGCCACCAGAGCCACAUUGUUGAGGAGUCAGGAAGAGGAAAAUGGCCCCUGCCCUCAGGAAGCCUCAGGUCUGAGCUUAGACGAAAAUCACACCUACUUAACAGCAGUGAAAUCUGCAAGGCACCAAGUAAUACAGUCAUGAGAAAGGCAGGCCGGCACCCUGUGCCCUCCCGCUGCCAGGCCCCCUCCUGUCAGGGAGGACAGUGUCCAAUAAACUCCUCCACCCGCAGGCUUCGUGAGCUUCGACAACCCGGCCAGCGCGCAGACCGCCAUCCAGGCCAUGAACGGCUUUCAGAUCGGCAUGAAGAGGCUCAAAGUGCAGCUGAAGCGGCCCAAAGACGCCAAUCGCCCAUACUGAGCGCCGGCGGGAGCGUCCCCCGGGGGAGACCAGGACUCGCACAGAGCCAGUCAAAUCCACCACAGUCUCGCGCUGAGCUAGGAAUAAAGUUCACGUAAUCACAUGAGAGUGGAGAAAACAGUCCCCCAUCCGGCAGGAUGCUGAACGGGCUACAUUAAAAAAACAAACCUCUCUCUCUCUCUAUUUAUAAAUGAGAACUGUUGGAUGACACCUUUGACAUAUCAGCCAAUAUCAAUCAAGCUGAGGACUCCAGACACUCUCUGUGACUGUAACAUUUCUUCAAGGAAAGUAUAGCGUCUAUGGAGUUCAGAGGGCACGUGUUUGGGGGAAAUAUGUAUGUGACAUAAAGAAGAAGAAGAUGAAGAAAACUGAGGAAAACAAAACAAAACAAAAAAAGGCAACUUUUAAAACAAAAUAACUUGAGACCAGAUGGGGAGGCCGAAGGGCUGGGAACUGGGAAGAGACGCUGCUUACCGAUCCCCGGGGCUUUUCCAGCCCGUGGGCGCCUGAGGCAGGCUGGGGCGAGCGGUGCGGUGGGACCUGGUCCCCAGGGGGCGGCUGGGAGGCCGCCACUGAGCAUCUCUAUCUGUCAUUCCUUUAGCUAUUUAGGGACCAAAGGACCAAACUUUUUAUUGCAGAUGUGUAGCUCUAUGUCAAAUACAGGGGGAACGGAGGAGAGAGCCUCCUUCCUGCCUCCUGGCUGUUCUUGAAACAGCUUAGAGCGAUUCUAUGAAAAAAGUAGUAAAAAAAUUAAAAAAAAAACACAAAAAAACCAAAAACACAAAAAAAGGAAAAAUUAUGCUUCAAUGCUUUUAAAACAGCAAGGUAAUAGUUCUUUGAUACUUUGAGAGGCGCUUUGAUUACCCUCAUUCAAGUCUAUGACACUUUCCUAUGGUUUUCUGUAUUAUAUGUCUGGAUGGAGCUGUUAAGAUGGUGGAUAUUUGGGGAAAGCAACAAAAAUAUUAAAACUCAUUAACUGUGAAGUGUGAGAAAACAAGGAGGGGGAAAAAAAGGACUGACAAGGCAAGGUAUUUGUUGUGAAAAGUCUGUAAAUGCUUCUAACUCUUCCCCCCCUCUUAAAAAUCAUAAUAGUUGUACAGAAUUUUAAAAAGGAGAAGUUUAAAAUACCUAUAUAAUAGAAGAAAAAUUAGAGGAAAGCAAAAAAUAAAAAAAAAUAAUAAUAAAAAAGGAAAAAAAAAACCUAUAGAAGUUAGCGAUACUGCUAAAAUCCCAGAUGUUGUAGGACUGUACUUUUGUAGAGUUUAGACUGAGCAUCAACCCCUUCUCCCCGCGAGUGCUGUCGGACGACGCCGUUGACCCCGAGGGCCAGGCCGGACUUGCCCUGACCUGCGGGCUCCUGGCUGCCCACUGCCGGUGGAGGCCGCGCCAUCAGCAAGAAGGCCCGCCGUAGCCGCCCUCGCCUCGCUUCGCUCCCGGGAGCUGCGCGCUCGCCCGCUCUCCGCUCUCCGCAAGCCCUGACACCUUCCGCUUCACUCGCCUUCCGUGCUUGCUCCAGAGACUUUCCGGGCAAGGGAGACCUGGGAACUUUCAUCUUAAAACAACUCAACAACACACACACACACAAAAACCUUAAACAAGAGAGAGAAAAAUAAACAAUCUUUGAAGAAUUUCUGAAACUGUUUACAAGGAAUUUUGAAAAACAGGGAUGUUUAAAUGAUGCCGGCUCUGUUUUUCUGUAAAUAAAUUUGCAUAUUUUGUAGGACUUUUAAUUGUAAUGAUAGAGAAAAAAAAACAAGGAAAACUAUUUAAUGAAAGCACGAUAUUUAUCUUUGGUAAAUGACUUUAGAGCAGUUAAAAAAGACAUUGCUUAAAAAAACUCAGAAUCAGAAAAAACACUGAAUUAUUUAAGAACACAUAUAUUUUAAAGUAUAACAUAUUUAUUAUAAUUUAUUUGCACCGUUGGGAAGACUUGCUUUGGCAUUCUGCCUUGACUCCAUUGAUGUCUAGUUCAUCUGGAGGCCAGGAGGCUCUCGGACCUCCCAUUUUUUUCCUUUUUUUGUUUUAGAAGAACAACUCUGGUUCCUCUCAGGCCUCCUGCCUUUCCUUUCUUUCUAUUUUGUUGGUUUCUUAUUUUUUAAUUUUUCUUUUUCAUCCUCUUGGCUCCUCCUUUUAGGAUGUCCAGAUGCUGUAAAAAAAAAAAAAAAAAAGAACAGCUGCAGUUCAGUACAACUGCUCUUUUCACACUCAACUCCCUAAAACUCCUUGUAACCUGUAACUAUUGGAUGACGCUUUCUCCAGCUUAGCCCUAAAUAAAGCACAGUUUAAAAAAAGA